CAGAAGCAUGAAGCCUGCGGUGUGUCUGACAUGUUGCCUCCUUCUUCUUUCUGGAAUUAGAGACGGCGUGAAGGGUGUCAUCAAAAAAACCCUAGACUUUGAUGUGGGGGUCCUGUAUGAGUAUGAAUACAGCAUAUCCAUGGCAGUGGCUCCUAUUUCUGUGGACUUUGGAGAUGUCCCUCUGACCACCGCUGAGGCAGUAAUUCAGGUCCACUCACUAUGGAAGAACCCUCAGAACCAGGAAGAACAGCUCCUUCACAUUAAAAUUCAAGAUCUAAAACUUACUCCCAGUUCAACUGACACCACCAAACCCCUGGCUGUGGACGAGAAGACUGGUGGGUUUGCUCAGAUAAAGGAUGUAUUUAUUGUGCAUAUCCACUCUGGAAAGAUUAUAAGAAUUUUUGACACCUCCAAGGACAACACAGUCAGUUUGAAUUUCAAAAGAGGACUAGCGUCACUAUUCCAGAUUCAAACAUCUUCUGGGGUCAUGAUGGAAGAUGAUGCAACAGGACGAUGUCAGGUCUCAUACCAAGCCUUGAAGGAUGAAAUCAUCAAAGUGAAGGACUAUGAGAGCUGUGAAAAGAGCAUUACUGAUAUCACGUUCUCCGACCAGAUUUUGAGGAUAAGCUCAGCUGGCAGCUCCAAAACAGUAUUCUCCAUGGAAGGUAGACAUAUAAAGUCUGUAACAUCGAAGGAAUUCCGAUCAGUGGUUUUGGAUGAACAGACUACAGUUGGAAUCCAUAUUUCUUCAAGGCAGCUCCUACGGCUCUUAUCAACAAAGUCUGGGAAUAAUAAGGAGGCCCAGGGAGAGCUGCAGGAGGUACUCUUUUCUUUCAAGGGGAGCCAUGUGAAUUACACUAUUCACGCCAUACCUGCUGUCAGACAAUCUGCUCUCAGUGGAUAUCCAGUUUCUUCUAUCCUAGAUCAUUUGACAGCAAAUGGAAUGAACAUCUCUCAGUUAACAACAACAAAAGCAUUUCUCCAGCUGUCAGAAUCUCUACGCACUAUGGAAAAGAAUGAUAUUCUAAACAUUUUGAAAAAGUCUGACAAAAAGAUGCUUCCCAUUCUAAUAGACGCUGCUGCAGCAGCUUCCACACCUGCUGCGCUGGAUGCCGUUGCCUCAUAUAUAGACAUUGCAGACCCAAAGACGGCUCCACUGCUUGAAAAAUUCCUCUAUGCAUGUGCAUUCUCUUCUCAGCCAUCUCCUCAUUUGAUAAGUGUGAUCUCUCGCAUUCUGUCCGUCUCACGUCAGACACAUGAGACUGCACUGAUUGUUCUUGGGACAGUGAUAAAAAAAAUGUGUUCUGCAAACAUGUGCAACCUGCAGGAAGUUGAGGAAGCAAAGAAACUUAUUCUCAAAGGUUUGAGUGCAUCCAAAGAAGAGACAGAGAUUAAGUCAUACUUGCUGGCCCUAAAAAGUGCCCUUCUUCCAGAGACGGUGCCUGUCCUUCUGCAGUAUAUCGAUCAAUCCAAAUCACUCUCCAGCAUUGUGCUUUCAGCCUUGCGCAAACUUCCAUCUCAACAUAUCACAAAAGAGGUUAAGGAGCAUGUCAGAGAGAUUUUUGCUCAAAAAAAGAAGUCAUUUUCUGCUCCUGUGCGGGUGGCUGCUGCACAGCUACUGCUUACGCAAGAUCCUCUGCACACAGAUGUCAGAGAAGUAAUCCAGAGAAUAGCAAAAGAGAAACCUGAGGUCUCCAAGUUCCUUACAGCCAAAAUUAUGAGUAUUUUACAGUCAGAAAACCCAGCCAGAAAUAUAAUUCUUAAUGUUUUGAAAGAUUCAAAGCUGAACAAUUAUUUCCACCUUGGGCGAGUUGGUUGUUCUUCAUCAUAUACUGGACUGAUAGCAGAGACAAAGGACACGAUCACAUCGUAUGAUUUUGAUUUCCUCUUUUCUGAAACUGGAGCCCUGAAACAAAGCAAUAGUCACUUCUCUACUCAAAGCAGAGCAGGAAGUUUGCAUUCAUUGCAGGUUUCUUUAGAACUGGGCGGUUUUGAUUCACUCUUUGGGACCGAGCCGGCUGAGGAAGCGGAGGAAGAGGAGCUAAUGGCAGGAAUGUCUGUCAUGUUUCUGGGUGUGCAGAUCCAACCCAUUGUCUUCUUCCAGGGCUAUGGUGACUUAAUGAGCAAGUACUUUUCAGCAGCUGACGGACCAAUGAAUAUUCUCUCUGGAAAUAUUCUAGUUCUCAAGCAGAGACAGAGUAUAAUUCUACAGUCUGGACUACAAACUCAGAUUUUCUUUCAUGGUGGUCUUUCUGUCGACGUGUCAGCUGAUUUGGAAUUCAGCUUGUUCGGUCAGGAGGCAAAAAGCUCUGUGAACAAUGAGUUCUCGAUAGUUGUCAGCGCCAGAGCGGAAGUGGAGAUCCCGCAUAUGAACACUACAGCUGAGACCGUAGCAGACAUGAAUUCUUCGAUCGGCUUUGUCACAACUGUCAACUUCUCUGACACACCUAUGCAAUACUGUCUGCAGCUUAUUCGAGAGCCUCUGCUUUACAGAGAGAGAACGUCUACACAAGUAACGACCCGGAACAGAAGAAAAACUGCUCAACAACGAAGACGAAAAUGGACAAUUCCAGGAGAAGAGACAGCACUCCACAGGGACAAUUCAAAGAUGUGUAGACAUCUGAUAUAAAAACAAAGUGGCACUACAAAUACUAGAGUGUAAGUCUGGGAAGAGUAUUACAAUGACUGAAGCGCUGUACAUUCAUACAGAUGAGAAAAUAAAUGCCUGUUUUACAGACUUAC